AAUUACCUGCCAAUCUUUGUCAAUUACAAAUGUGAUCUGCGCUGCAUUGACACAUCCCUAAAUGCGGAAGUCUUUCCUAAGCUGUAGGCUAGUCUACACCGAGUUCAGAGGAAACAAAACUGAAAGUAGAUGGUGGCUUCAGAGGUUCCUGAAGUGGUUUGUCGUGCUCAGGAAGAAUGGCAGAGGCUACUUCGAUUAACCAGGACAUUUUUAUGUGUCCGAUUUGUUUGGAUGUACUGAAGGAUCCAGUGACUCUUAACUGUGGACACAAUUACUGCACGGGCUGCAUUAAGGGCUGCUGGGAUCAGGAAGAUCAGAAGGGAGUUUACAGCUGCCCACAAUGCAGACAGACUUUCACUCCGAGACCUGUUUUAAACAAAAACAACUUUGUUGCUGAGCUUGUGGAACAGUUCAGGAAGACUUUAAUUCAAGGUAGGCUACAUGCUUCUCCUCAGUGUUUUGCUGGACCUGGAGAUGUGGAGUGUGACAGCUGCACCGGGAGAAAACUGAAAGCCGUCAAGUCCUGUCUGGCGUGUUUGUUGUCGUACUGCGAAACUCAUCUCCAGCGCCAUGAUGAACUCUUCUCAGGGAAAAGACACAACGUGGUUGAUGUCACAGGUCAGCUACAGGACAAGAUCUGCACUCAGCACCAGAGGCUUCUGGAGGUAUUUUGUCGCACAGAUCAGAGUUGCGUCUGUUUGCUAUGUCUGGUAGAUGAACACAAAGGCCAUGACACUGUCUCAGCUGCAGCUGAGAGAUCGGAGAAACAGAAGGACAUGGAGGAGACCAAGAGGAAACUCCAGCAGAGACUCCAGGAGAGAGAGAAGGAGCUGCUGGAGCUGAGGAAGGCUGUGGAGACCCUCAAGACCUCUGCACAGACAGCAGUGGAGGACAGUGAGAGGAUGUUUACUGAGAUGAUCAGCUCCAUUGAGAGAAGGCGCUCUGAGAUGACAGAGCUGAUCAGAGUUCAGGAGAAGGCUGAGGUGAGUUGGGCUGAAGGACUCCUGAAGCAACUGGAGCAGGAGAUUGCUGAGCUGAAGAGGAGAGAUGCUGAACUGGAGCAGCUUUCACACACAGACGAUCACAUCCAUUUCCUCAAGAAUUUUCAGUCAGUCAGCCCUCAACCUCAGUCUAAAGACUUAUCCAGCACCUUUGUCAGCCAAAGCUGGUCUUUUGAGGCUGUGAAGAAAUCUGUCUCCACACUGAAGGGGCAGCUGGAGGAUUUCUUCAAGCAGGAAGUCAUGAUGAUCUCUGCAGCAGUGUCUGAUGUCAAGUUCUUAAAGUACUCCUGUCACUUCACACUGGAUCCCAACACAGCACACAGACACCUCCAUCUGUCUGAGGGGAACAGAAGAGUGGAGUGGAGAGAUGAGCUCCAGUCAUAUCCUGAUCAUCCAGAGAGAUUUGAUGGGUGGCUGCAGGUGCUGUGUAGAGAGGGUGUGUCUGGAUGCUGCUACUGGGAGGUGGAGAGGAGUGGCAAUUGGGUUGCUAUAGCAGUCUCAUAUAAAAGCAUCAGCAGGAGAGGAGGUGCUGAGUGUGUGUUUGGACAUAAUGAUCAGUCCUGGAGUCUGCUCCUCUCCAGCUCCAGCUCCUCUUUCUAUCACAAUAAUAAACAGACUGAACUCCCUCUAAUGGCCAGCUCCAGAAUAGGAGUGUAUGUGGAUCACAGGGCAGGAACUCUGGCCUUCUACAGCAUCUCUGACACAAUGACCCUCCUGCACAGAGUCCAGACCACAUUCACUCACACACUCUACCCUGGGCUUAGAUUUGCAUAUACUGGAUCAUCAGUGAAGCUGUUGUGACCCACACCGUAUACAGCAGGACAGAAAUGUAAAGAUCCCAGAUACAGAUAGAAGCUGUUAUCACAUCCAUACACACACCCAUAAACACAUCCCAUCUCAUCAGCACACAUACAGUAUAAGCCACCAUAUAAGCCAGAAUUUGAGAUUCUCUGUUCUUGGGGAAAACAAAAGACCAAAUCCACUCCAUCAUCUCUGGACCCCAGCAGAUAUUACAGCGUCUGUUGGAACACACAUCAGCACACAACACGUACAUUAUUGGGUGGGAAAUGUGUUGAUGAAGGUGUUUCAGUGUUUCACCCCCUCUGAUCCUCUCCCACAAUCCAUCUCCUCUCCCUCCUGCUCCCCAUAACCCUCCUUCCUCUCCCCCAGGUGUUCAGGCCUUUAGUCCCUCUGUGAUCGGACACGUGUCUGAUGGAAAAAAAAUAAUUAACAACAAUUGCCUUGUGAUAUGUAUUGGGUUUGGAAUGGGGUGGUUUUUUUUUUGUUGUUAAAAUUCACAUGUUAAAUAACUAAAUUAAUAAAUGAAAAAAACACAUGAUCACUUUCUUACAAGUUGUUGAAUUUACUGAAUUAGCUUAUCAUAAGACAUGUGGGAAUCACAACAAGAAAGAUCAUAUGAUGAGAAACAAUAAAACCCUCUUGAAAACAAUCAAUUUUGCAUGCAAGUCUAUGAGAAAGAAAACAUCAGAGAAUAUAGCCUUGGUAAUGUACAAGUGUAUAUUUUAUACAGUCUAUGGUAAUGUACCCUACCGUCUCUAUAGAAUGUUGUUAAACAGAACACUAGAACAAUCUGGUUCUGAACAGAAAAUGUAAAUUAUCUGUGUUCUGUGGGAGAGCAAAGACUCACCCUGAGUGCUGCAUGUGUGCAAUGAAGCUGAUGUGUGUAUCUAAACUUUUGUGAUGAUGGUGGUAGACGUGUAGGUGAUAAUAUGAAAAUAAAUGAUAUAUCCCCCACAUACAUCA